UCAGUUAGUACGCUGAAUUGGACAACAUAGGACUCCUCUUUCCUGAACACGGAAUUUCCGUUUCCGCGCAGUUCAGCGGCUCUACUGCUUCACACCGUGUUUGAGUUUGUUGUUUGUUUUAUGUCAAAAUCAGGUCAUGAAGUUUGAGUGAAAGAAAGUGAGCCGUGAUUUGAGACAUUAUGAGCGGCACUGCUGUCGAAAGCGAUCCGAUACCGGAAGACAUCUCGGGCCAAAUGUUGGAGCUGGACGAGGACGAGGACUUGGAAGUUUUCAGUAAGGAUGCAACCUUCACAGAUGGAAGCUCCUUCAUUGUAUCUAUGCAGACAUCCCCUGGAUCAAUGGUCAAUCAGUACAGAUUUGAUGAUGAGGACGAUGUGGCUGGAAAUAAAGACAUAUUCAUCACAGUUGAUAAUCCUGAGAGUCAUGUGACAACCAUUGAGACAUUUAUCACAUACAGGGUUUUGACUAAGACUACUCGUAGUGAUUUUGACUCAAGUGAGUAUGAAGUCCGCAGGCGCUACCAAGACUUCUUUUGGUUAAAAAGCAAACUGGAGGAGGCUCAUCCAACUCUUAUUGUCCACCCUCUACCAGAGAAAUUUGUUAUGAAGGGAAUGGUGGAAAGGUUUACUAAUGACUUUAUCAAGACAAGGAAAAAAGCACUACACCGGUUUCUUAACAGAAUAGCCGACCAUCCCAUUCUGUCAAGCAGUGAGGAUUUCAAGAUUUUUCUCACAGCACAAGCCUGGGAGCUAGCAUCUCAUAAGAAGCAAGGUCCAGGUUUCUUAAGCAAGAUAGGAGAGACGGUGCGAGCUGUAGCUGCCACAGUCAGAGGGGUCAAAAAUCGGCCAGAGGAAUUUAAUGCUAUACAGGACUAUGUGGAUAACUUUAGUCUGAAGCUGAACUCGCUGGACAAAGUCACCCAGCGAAUCAUCAAAGAAAAAAGAGAGUACCUGGAGGAUAUGAAGGAUUCUGGGCCUCUGUACACCCUAUGGUCUGGCUCAGAGGAGGAGCUGGUGGAGCCUUUGAAGCUCAUGGCAAGUUGCUUGGACAGGUGCUACAAGGAGACUGAAGAGCAGAUCGAGCACCUCAGUAACAGCCUCCUCCCGAUGCUGCACGAGUAUGUGCUCUGCGCUGACAACCUCAAGGCAGUACUGCGGAGACGAGACAACAUCCAAGCAGAGUUCGAGGCUAAGAAUGAAUCUCUUGCCACUAAGAGGACGGAAAGAGAAGCAGAUUCUAAGGUGCUGAGUUUAGCAUGGGACAGCCUGGUGGGCAAAGACCCAGAGGAGGUCAAACAGCAGAAACAACAGAAGCUUAAAGGAGAGAUUAAAGAGAUUAAGGAGGACAUCGAAAAGCUGGAAGAUAAACUGGAACUGGCCAAUAACACACUGAAAGGGGACUGGAGCCGUUGGCAGAAGAACAUGAGGUCUGACCUGAGAACAGUCUUUACCCAAACAGCAGAGAAGAAUGUGGAGUACUAUGAAAAGUGUCUGGCAGUGUGGGAGUCGUUCCUGCUGUCUCAGCGACCCGAGGCCAGGGAAGUGGGCAGAGAUGACUCCUAAUCCCUCAGAAGCUUUUAUCCGAACAGUGAAGACCAAAGUCAAUUUUUUUUGUUUUUUUUUACCUUUCACUGCAGGUGUUUGAAUUGUAUAUAAAAAAAAAAGAUGCCACAGAUUUCUCAGUAUAAACAUAACUGUGCCUUAUCUUAAGCCAAACCAUGAACAGAGAUCUCUGUCACAAUCCCAUUACUUCCUACAAAAGAUUAGUUUGUGUCUGCAGCACACAGAUCUGUUUAGGAAAGGACAAAUAUUUUGCCAUAAAUUGUUUUAUUGGCUUAUUAACAGUCUUGGAUAAUCAAGAAAGAGACAAUAAAGCAAUCUAAUUAAAUUUA